AUGGGAUCCCUCGACUCGUCGUCGCUAAUCUCGGGCAUCGCCCACGUGAACCUCACUGUUCCGGUCGGUACGCUCAACCAAGCCAACGAGUUCUACGGGACAACCAUGGGUCUCACGCCCCGCGCGGUCCCACACUUGCAAAAGGCCACUUUGGCGUGGUUCGACAUUGGCUCGUCCGGCCAGCAGGUGCACAUCGCCUUUGGCGCGCCCUCGGAUUUUCAGAAGCUCUCAUCGAGGCACCCGUGCUUUAAGUUGGCGUCCCCGGAGGCGCUUUUGCAAUUGAGGCAGAGGAUCUGGGAGCAUUUCAUCAGAGGAGGCGAGGCAGCGCCGACCGAAGCGGAUAAGCCCGGAGAGGUCAACUCUGGAGCCCAAGGCGUGGAAUAUCCGCAACGCUUCUUCGCGAGAGACUAUGCUGGGAAUAGGCUGGAGUUCAGCGUGUAG